AUGUCAGCUGGAAUCACCGAAGGAAGGAGAUUCGGUUGUGAGUGCGACUUCCGAAACGGCUCUAUCCGAGAGAACAGAUAUCGCCUUUUCAAUCGAUCCGGAGGUUAGGAACGGUGCAUCCGGGUCAUCCGGCCAGGUUUCAGGAAGCAGUAUUCUCGACUAGUGGGGCUGGAAAGACGGAUCACAUGAUGGUGAACUUCACGAAGACUCGUCUCGCUGUCAAAGUGAUCUGAAGGCCCAUGAUCUACCGUUCAGAUUUUUUUCAGGCCAGAUGCAGUAACAAUGAAAUGUUCCGUGUGAAUCCUGUCUUUCAAAUCAUCGAACCAUGCAAGUGCAAGAAUAUUUCCAUUACCCGCAAUCCCGGUCCACGUGAGAUCUUCCAUGAUUUCCCUGUAAAUCCUCCCUACUCUGUUCAGCACUGAAGAAAUCCGACAAAGUGAUGAUUGUGUACCAUUCGUGCGAUGAAAAAGUGACGGAUGAGAAGGCGUUCAUCAAAGAAAUGGAGACGAAGAACUCGGAAGGACUGAAGUUUGUGAAGGUUUCGAUCCGAACGGACGGCAAGAAGAAGGAGAUUUUGAAUGAGUAA